AGGUGACUGGAGACAGCUGGGAGCGCCUGGGAACCGGAGAGGCGCUGCAGACGGACCUAAAACAGCGAGUGCGCUGAUGGAGCCGGCACUGAAUCCCUAACCUGUGAGUGCUGUCCGGGACCAGCACGUCACCUGAAUGACGGAAUAUGAGACAAUGAAGCAACUAGGGACGACAGGAAUAAAACGUCAAGUCAGUUUUCCAAGAGUGGAAAAGCGCGUGCGAUGACGGACGGCGCAAGGGACAGAGAAGAGGUAAAGCAGAGGAAAGUUAUCUAGCUCAAGAAGGGCUCCCGGUGCUGGAUAGGAAAACUUAAUAAAAGACUGAACAGAUGUGCCAAGUGUGAGUAAUUCUGUAGACAAAUCAACUGGGGGAAAGGCGAUUUUCUUUUUGAAAAGACGAGACUUGAGCCGGAAAGAGAGAAAAUCAUGGAGCCGGAGGGCACCACAGAGGGACAAGCCCCUAAUAUGGCACAAUCUGCCGCCUCCAAACUGUCCCAAAUGGGCGAAAGAACUACUAAAAAAAUGGACAAUGUAAUGCAAGACCCAGUUCGGAAGAACCGGUUUAUCCUAGUGAUAGUCUGUACAGCACUUUUGUUAGACAAUAUGCUUUACAUGGUAAUUGUGCCAAUUAUACCUGAUUACCUUGAAGAGCUACAGAAUGCAGCGGAUCGUGCCGAAGCUGCUGUGCAGCACACCAACUCCACUAACACCACCAUUCACAAAGCAGCCAAGGGGAACUUCGACCUACAGAUAGGUGUUCUUUUUGCCUCCAAGGCCAUCCUGCAGCUCCUGGUGAACCCGCUAAGUGGCACGUUUAUAGACAGGGUCGGCUAUGAUAUCCCACUCUUCAUCGGACUCAAUGUUAUGUUUCUCUCCACCCUUAUAUUUGCCUUCGCUGAAAACUACGCGACUUUGUUCCUGGCGCGCAGCAUGCAGGGCCUUGGCUCGGCUUUCGCGGACACUUCAGGGAUCGCUCUGAUCGCAGAUACGUACACAGAGGAGGCAGAGAGGAGCAAGGCGCUGGGUAUUGCCUUGGCUUUCAUCUCCUUUGGAAGUCUUGUGGCGCCCCCCUUUGGAGGGGUUCUCUAUGAGUUCGCAGGGAAGCGGGUGCCUUUCCUGAUUCUGGCCUGUAUCUGUCUCACUGAUGGUAUAUUGUGCCUACUUGUGCUAAAGCCCUUCUCCAACCGAGAAAGAGAAAACAUGCCAGUGGGCACCCCCAUUUAUAAACUGAUGAUUGAUCCCUAUAUAGCUGUAGUGGCUGGUGCUCUGACAAUUUGUAACAUCCCUUUAGCCUUCCUUGAGCCCACUAUUGCCAACUGGAUGGAGGAAACCAUGCACUCCAGCCAGUGGGAGAUCGGCAUGACAUGGUUCCCUGCCUUCUUCCCUCAUGUCUUAGGUGUAUUUCUCACUGUCAAAUUAGCAGCCAAGUACCCCCACCUCCAGUGGUUUUACGGGGCAAUAGGUAUGGUGUUCAUAGGCGCGAGCUCCUGCACAGUACCAGCCUGUAAAAACUUUGGACAGCUCAUGAUCCCGCUGUGCGGAAUCUGUUUUGGCAUUGCCUUCGUGGACACGGCGCUGCUGCCAACUCUGGCUUUCCUGGUGGAUGUGCGACACGUGUCAGUGUACGGCAGUGUGUACGCCAUCGCAGACAUCUCUUACUGCGUGGCCUAUGCCCUGGGGCCCGUGGUGGCUGGACAGAUAGUGCACGACCUGGGCUUUGUUCAGCUCAACUUAGGCAUGGGCCUCGCCAAUGUACUUUACGCACCGGCGCUCCUUCUGCUGAAGAACGUGACGCAGAUGAAGCCGUCUUUCUCCGAGAGAAAUAUGCUCCUAGAGGAUGGCCCAACAGGACUGUAUGACACUAUUAAGAUGGAGCAACGAGAGAAGAAGAGAAAGGGUUUAUGUACUACGAUCGACGAGAAUGGCAUUGAGACAUUUGUGCAGCGCUCCCAUUCAGAGGAGGAAUCCUCAGGGGGAGAGUACGCGUAAAAGACCUUUAACUGAGUGUAAAACUAUCAAAGUGCCCAUGUAGAGUUGUGUGCAUCCCGUCUGAUCCAAUCAAUUGCAUAACACGAUUAGGAUUGUGUAACUUCAUCAAUUAUUUACUG